AUGAUGGAGUCGGUAUCUCUAUAUAGAAAUAGCGAUUUUCCCUACACAAAGCUUUCCAGGGAAGGUGUUCCCUACAAAUUAUCGUUGCUGUUACUAUUAGUAAGGCAGAAUAUUGAGUAUAUACCUGGUAAAGUGGGCCGACCUUGGUCCCCACUGGGCGAAGCCUGCGGCGAACCGCCAAUGGGCCGAGGGACGUUCGCUAUCAUACCCAAUAAAUAUGUGAGGAAAACUGAUAGAGGCGUGUCCAGUGCCGAAAUAUAUGAACUAGCCUUUGAAGAGGUGACGUUUAGGGUACAAAGCCUCAGGAGUGCUGCAUCUGCUUACAAUAUAAACUAUAUGUCUUUACAGAGAUAUAUUAAAAAGAAAAAAGCAUACCAGGCCAACUUGACAGACAAGCCUCCAUCGGUCGGGUAUGUCAGUCAGACAGUUUUUUUGAAAGACGAAGAAAACGUACUAUGCGAAUAUUUGUUGACUUGUGCGGCAUCUAAUUACGGAUUAACAACAAAAGAGACAAGAAGAUUAGCCUAUAUGUUAGCAAAAAAGCAUGAUAAGAAAUUUCCGACAUCGUGGGAGGAAAAUAAAAUGGCAGAUGUCGACUUCCUACCUAGUCAAGUUACUGAUCGUAUUCCAACCAGUCCAGAGCCAAACCAACGUUUUAGUAUGACAAAAGAAUCAGAAAAUCAAGAAAUACCUGCAGCUCCAGAUACAUCUGAGAAUAUAGGUGAGAGAGGUGGAGAAUAUUCGAAAGCCCCUUCUAAUAAAAUUCUUCCUGAUAAUGAAGACGCUGUAAUCAAUUCGACAAAAACACCUGCCGGCAGUUCGUUCAUUUGCAGCAAAAAUGUCAACGAGCCUGCAAAGACUGAACAUAUCGCCUCCACAUCUACAGCUCGUAGCCCGCUCGUCACUAUAUCCAAUGAAUUCUCACCGGAAGCUCUCAGACCUUUGCCAAAAGCUCCUCCAAGAAAAGGACACCAACGGAAUAGACGUAAAAUCAGAUCUGCUGUGCUUACUGACACACCUAUUAAGGACGAAAUUGCUGCUAUAGAAGCAAGCAGGAAAAAUGUUAAAAGACGUAUUUUUAACAAGGAUAAUUCUAAAAAAGCAAAGAAGAUGAAUAGUAGGAAGAACCAAACCGAUGAUGAAGAGGAAGAAGAAGAAAACGACUGUUUCUGUCUAUGUUGUCUUGAACCAUUUGCAAACAGCAAGUCCAGAGAAAAAUGGGUCCAGUGCAUCGAUUGCAAGGGAUGGUCACAUGAAGCUUGCACUGGAGGAGAGCUCCUCUAUGUAUGUCACAAUUGCUUAUCGGACUAG